ACUUUUAUUGGUUGAUGCUAUUUCACUAACUGAUGCUAUUUCGUUGGUUGUUGCUACUUCGUUAAUUGUUGCUGCUUCGUUGGUUGUUGCUGCUUCGUUGGUUGUUGCUGCUUCGUUGGUUGAUGUUACUUCGUUGACAGCUUCUAUAUCUUCAUCCGCUAUAAUUUCUGCUUUCCUAGAUUUCUCAUUUGUGAUUCUUACUCGUUUA